CUUAUAAAAGGCUCCCUCGAACCACGUGACUCCUCUCCGCCCUGACCGCUGCCGGUCGCCAUCAUGGAUACGAGUCGCGUGCAGCCUAUCAAGCUGGCUAGGGUCACCAAAGUGCUGGGCAGGACCGGCUCGCAGGGACAGUGCACACAGGUGCGCGUGGAAUUCAUGGACGACACGAGCCGCUCCAUCAUCCGCAACGUGAAAGGCCCAGUGCGCGAGGGCGACGUGCUCACCCUGUUGGAGUCAGAGCGGGAAGCCCGGAGGUUGCGCUGAACUCAGCUGCUGGGUCCUGGGUAUCUACCACCUGACCCACGGAUGAACUGCGACUCAAAAUAAAGCGUUUGUAUUGCGUGUGAACUCCA